AUGCCGCCAUACACCAAUGCCACGACGCGCCAUUUGCUGACUUGUAUGAACCAGCCUCUGACCCGAGCUGCUCUUAUCGGCGCUCGCGGCUAUGCCACUGCCGAGCCCGACCUCAAGGCCACCCUCAAGGAGGUCAUUCCAGCUAAGCGUGAGCUUCUCAAGAAGGUCAAGGCUCACGGGAGCAAGACCAUUGGCGAGGUCAAGGUCGAAAACACCCUCGGCGGUAUGCGUGGCCUAAAAGCCAUGGUCUGGGAGGGUUCCGUCCUCGAUGCCAACGAGGGUAUCCGCUUCCACGGAAAGACCAUCAAAGACUGCCAGAAGAUCCUUCCCAAGGGCAAGACUGGCACUGAGAUGCUCCCCGAAGCCAUGUUCUGGCUCCUCCUCACCGGCCAGGUCCCCUCCACCAACCAGAUUCGCGUCUUCUCUCGCGAGCUGGCCGAGAAGGCCCAGAUCCCCGAGUUCGUCUCCAAGAUGCUCGACAACUUUCCCAAGGACCUUCACCCCAUGACCCAGUUCGCCAUGGCCGUGUCUGCCCUUAACUACGAAUCCAAGUUUGCCAAGGCAUACGAGGCUGGCAUGAACAAGUCCGACUACUGGGAGCCUACUUUUGACGACUGCGUUUCGCUCCUGGCCAAGUUGCCCACGAUUGCCGCCAAGAUCUACCAGAAUGCCUACCGUGGAGGUGGUGCUCUUCCUGCCGAGGUCGAUCUUGAGCAGGAUUGGUCUUACAACUUUGCCGCUAUGCUCGGCAAGGGAGGCAAGGCGAACGAGAACUUCCAGGAUCUCCUCCGUCUCUAUCUAGCCUUGCACGGCGACCACGAGGGCGGCAACGUCUCUGCCCACGCCACCCACCUUGUUGGUAGCGCUCUUAGCGACCCAUUUCUUUCUUACAGUGCUGGUCUCCAGGGUCUGGCCGGUCCUCUUCACGGCUUGGCCGCCCAGGAGGUUCUCCGAUGGAUUCUACAGAUGAAGGAAGCCAUCCCCGCCGGCUAUACCGAGCAGGAUGUCCACGACUACCUGUGGUCCACCCUCAACUCUGGCCGUGUGGUCCCCGGUUAUGGCCACGCCGUCCUCCGCAAGCCUGAUCCCCGAUUCGAGGCUUUGAUGGACUAUGCCGCCGCCCGCCCCGAUAUUGCCCAGGACCCCGUCUUCCAGCUGGUUGAGAAGAACAGCCGCAUCGCGCCCGAGGUCCUCAAGAAGCACGGCAAGACCAAGAACCCCUACCCCAACGUUGACAGCAGCUCCGGUGUCCUGUUCCACCACUACGGCUUCCACGAGACUUUGUACUACACCGCCACCUUUGGUGUGUCUCGUGGUCUUGGACCUCUGGCCCAGUUGAUCUGGGAUCGUGCUCUUGGUCUGCCCAUUGAGCGUCCCAAGAGCAUUAACCUCGAGGGCCUCUUGAAGCAGGUUGAGGGUCAAUAA